CAAAUACUAAUAAAAAAAAAACUUUUUAUUUAAUUAAAAUGGAUAGAUAUUCAAGAGGUUACGAUGAUAGAUAUCGAGGUUAUUAUGAUAGACCUCGAUCAGAUACAUAUCGACCAGGAGAAAAUUAUCGUUCUGAAAGAGAUUAUAGAGAUGGUGGUGGACGUAAUUAUUCACCUAAUUCUCACUAUUCUUCUUCACGUUCACCUAAUCAUCAUUCGAGUGGUGGAUCUGGAUCUAGAGGUGAUAGAUAUAGUUACUCGGAUUCUAGACAUUACUAUAGUUCAAGAGGCCCAUCUCCAUCACGUUCUCCUUCAAGAUCCCCUAGACGUCCUUCUGGUGGCUAUUAUCGUUCAAAUUCUUCUUAUUAUAGCUCCAGAAGGUCUCCUUCACCCUUAAGUGAUCGAAGUAGUAGAAGCUCAAGUAGAAGAGAUUCUUAUGAUCAUAGACCUUAUCAUAGUUCACCUUCUUACUCUCAAUACUAUAGGAGUGGUCCCUAUUACUCAAGAAGACAUUAUUCUUCUUAUCCUUAUUCAAGUAGUUAUAAUGGUUACCGUAGUAACAGUAGAGAACCUUCAAUAGGACCUUCUUCAUUACAACAACAACAACCCAUUUCAGCUUCUGCUAAAUCUAUACAUUCUACACCCGUAUCCACUGUCCCUAAUUCACCUAUUAUUAAACAAGAACAAUCAUCUACUGUUAUUCCAUCUGGAGCAACUCAAUCACAGUCAUCUACUACAGUAAUGACCACUACCCCAACAACAACAACAACAACAACAACAGAAAAAGGAACAGAAAUGGAAAUAGAAACGGGAACAUCAUCAAUAACAACAGUAAAGGCAAAAACAGCAACGACAACGGCAACAACAGCAGCAGUGGUAGCAAC